AUGAAUCGCCAGGAGCCAGCCCCCCAAAACCCAAUUCCCGAGGGCACCGUUCCCAUCCGACACGCUCCGGGGAGCAGGAAGUGUUCAGCGAUCUCUCCUGAUGCUCCUCGUGAUUCUCACAGGAGACAUUUUGCCUCUUUUUUAACAGUGUGCUGUUUUUUUAGGGAGCAGAGAGAGAGAACUGUGGGGACCAGGAGGAGAGGACCCAAAGCCAAAGGACUCGUUGAGCAGGACAUCAUCCACACCAUGGAUCUCCGCAGCGCUCACAAGACUCCGGAGCAACCUCCGCCUCGCCUGCGUCUCUCCCUGCUCCCCGAGGACGAGGAUGAGGAAGAGGAUGAGGACGAGGAUGAGGAAGAGGACGAGGAUCGAGACCCACAAUAUCGAGAGAGCGAACCCAGGAGGUCGCAGCACACGUGCCUGGACUCCAACCCUCCGAGUCCCACACAGGAGGACUGGGAAGAGGAGGAGGAGGAGGAGGACAAUGUAGAAAGUGGAGAGGAUGGAGAGGAAGAGGAGGAGGAGGAGAAAGAGGAGACAAUAGAGAAGAGCGUCAGUCGGUCGCCCGGUAGAAUCCAAUCAGCAUCGCGAGCCAGUUUACUCAUCUCGUGGUCACCGGGCCGUGGUCACCGGGCCGUGGUCACCGGGCCGCGGUCACCGGGCCGCGGUCACCGGGCCGCGGUCACCGGGCAUGCAACCGAAACCCUCAAAGCACGGCAUGUCCUCCAUCCCGAGCGGAUUAAAGAGCUCCGGUCGACCCGUUACAGGCUGAGCGGGUGAAGGUUUCAGGCUCGGAGUGAGACACGGACGUCACCCUCAACUCCCUCACGGUGACCUUCCGAGAGGCGAGGGUGCCCAAGGGCUUCUUCAGAGACUGAGGCCAGGAGGCGUGACGUCCGGACUGGGUUUUUGGUGGCGUGGAGAUGUUGACGGAGGCGCCGCCGCCGCCGUCUGGAUUUCCUCUCGCUCUGCUCUUCCCACAUCGCCUGCUACUUCCUGUCUGGCCUGCAGUCACCAGGACGUACGCCGAGCUGAGGCUCGGACACGACGGCCAGAUGCAGGUCGGCGCUUCCAGAGAGCAGCUGACGUCCUGUUGUGCAUCUGUUGGUCAUGUGACAUCGUAGCUGAGUUCAGUGAGUUGUUGAUGUUGGUUAUAACAGCUUUAUUACACACUACCCGUCAACACUUUUAGAACACCUCAAUUCUCCCAGUUUUUUAUUGAGAUGUGAGCAGUUUAAGUAAAAAGUUUUGGUUACCAAAAACUGAAAAAUAAUGUACAUUUGAGAGUUAUACAAAAAGGCCUUUUUCUGGUAACAAGUAAUGAGUUAAUAACCUGCAGCUGUUCUGCAAGUUCAGGAAGUAAAUUUAACUUUGAAAGUUGAUGCUAACAAUUCCGACAGGUGUCUCAACUUGUGUUGAUUACCGUCUGUAUCAAAGCCGUGUGGUAACAGACUGUUACUACACCCUCUGAAGCUCUAUUCAAUUCAGUUUAUUUGUAUAGCCCAAUUUCACAAAUUACAAAUUUGUCUCAGAGUGCUUUACAAUCUGUACACAUAGACAUCCCUGCCCCAAAACCUCACAUCGGACCAGGAAAAACUCCCAAAUAACCCUUCAGGGGGAAAAAAAGGGAAGAAACCUGCAGGAGAGCAACAGAGGAGGAUCCCUCUCCAGGAUGGACAGAUGCAAUAGAUGUAAUGUGUACAGAUGGACAGAUUUAGAGUUUAAAUACAUUCAAUGAAUGUGACAGAGUGUAUGAAUAUGUGGACAGUGUUGUACUACAGGAAGUUGUCCUACAGGAAGUCGUAUAUUGCUCUUAUAAUGGAAAGAAAAAGGCAAUUAACAAAGGUAUAUUUAUGUAUAUUUAUUUAUCCUUUAAAGAUACCUGUGUGGUCUGAAUGUAUAUUUAUUCAUCCUUUAAAGAUACCUGUGUGGCCUGAAUAUAUAUUUAUUUAUCCUUUAAAGAUACCUGUGUGGCCUGAAUGUAUAUUUAUUCAUCCUUUAAAGAUACCUGUGUGGCCUGAAUGUAUAUUUAUUCAUCUUUUUUGGACCUGUAUAGAAUAUAUUUCUAUGGUAAUACUAAAAUAAAUGUUGCUCAU